AUGUCUCAAAAUCCCGUGGUCACAGCAGGUCUCGACAUCGGAAUCGAAGCAGAAUUCCUGCUUACGGGCAGGAAUGGCGGCGACAACGAUGCUCCAAACCUGAAGUACUUUGCAUACGCAAUAGCUGCCAGCUAUAAUGAAGAUGCUCCAGAUUGGGUACCAAAAAUGCGCCAAGAGGUCGAAAUCGACGACGUCUAUGACAAGGAGGACCCAAGGAAAUAUCACGAUUGGGUCCUGACAGCGGAUAAAUCCCUUGAAGAAACUUUAAAUCCUAACGAUGAGGACUCGGGGCCAAGAAAAUGGCCGUUAGAGCUUGUUUCCCCUGUGCUCAAGUUUAGAACUGGCUCCAACUUCCGUGAGAUUGUUGAGCAUGUGUGGAAGCAUAUCCGCGAUGUUACAGUCAUUGCAGUUAACAAAUCAUGCGGCCUCCAUGUUCACUUGUCUCCUUCCCGUGACGACAAUAACGGAACAUGGACCUUGCCAGCAGUCAAAUCAAUCUGCCGCAGUAUUGUAUACUUCGAGUUCGCGUUCGAAGCUCUCUUGCCAAGCACCCGACGAUGUAACCCUUGGACUAAGAGCAACGUUUAUGAUAAUCGUCGCUUCCCAAACAAGAAGUUAAAAACUUGCUUUGAUAUUAUCGACAGCUGCCAGACUAUCCCCGAGAUAGUCUAUUUGAUGAACGACGGCGACGACAAAUACUUUGGUUGGAACUUCCUAAAUCUUCUUGAGGACGGAACGAAUACUAUUGAAUUUCGUCGAGCACCAGGAGUUGAAAAAGUUAAAGACUGCUUGGCUUGGGUUGAGUUCGUGGUCACAUUCGUUGAAGCCUCUGUACAGAACGGAAAUGGGCUAUUCAACAACACUGGUGUUGCAGCGACUGUGCAGGAGCUUAAGGGCUUUCUGGGCACGGUCAUGGUCGCUGGGGGCCAGCCAGCUCGGCUUAAAAGGAUCUUUUCUGGAAAGUCCGGGGCCAUAUUUCCACGAAGAGUUGACACGUUGGGAUACAGCGCGGCGGAUCUAGACAUGCUUCAGAGGAUGAAGGCUGCGGACAAGGCUGCGGACGGGAAGAGAAAUUUGAUGAAGGAGAGGAUGCAGCGAAGAGAUCAUCCUGCUCCGUCCACUGCGAACUGA